UGCAAGGUAGCCCCGCCGGCGCCCUCUUCCUCCAGCACUUGUUGCUUCCCAUCCAGCUGCCUAGCUACCCAACAUCGACCAGGUUUGGCCCUUGGCCGGGAGAGAGAGAGAUAGAGAUCGAGAGCCAUGCACAGCUACAGAGCCAUGCACCCGUACCACCCCGCCCCUGCAGCUGCUGCUUCGAGCAAGCAGCAGGCCGAGGAGGACGACCAGUCGAUGCUCCUCCUCUCCCUCUGGCCUCCCGGCCACCACGACGCCUCCUCCUCGUCUCACUCCGCCGCCUCCUCCUGCUCGCCCAGCUGGUUCAUCAGCAGCCAUUACAACAAUGGCGGCGGCGGCGCAGGAGGAGGGGCCGGAGGGUUCAUGUUCCACGAUCAGCAGCAGCCGGUCGUCGUGGACCACCCCAACGUGUCCGUCUCACUCUCCAUAGCCCCUCCCUGCGCCGGCGCCCCUAAUAAUCUGCAGGCCGCCGGGGGAUCAAUGAGCUUUGCCGCGCCGCCUUCUUCGCCUUCGCUGCAGCAGCAGCAGCCGAGCCAGUACUGGAUCCCCUCUGCCGCCGAGAUCCUCGUCGGCUCCACCCAGUUCUCCUGCGCCGUCUGCAACAAGUCCUUCAACCGCUUCAACAACAUGCAGAUGCACAUGUGGGGGCACGGGUCGCAGUACAGGAAGGGGUCGGACUCGCUGCGAGGCGCCGUGACAACAACAACAACAACGACAACGGCGGCGCUCACCCCGCCGCCGUCGCUGAUGCGGCUCCCGUGCUACUGCUGCGCGGAGGGUUGCCGGAACAACAUCGACCACCCGCGGGCGCGGCCGCUCAAGGACUUCCGGACGCUGCAGACGCACUACAGGCGGAAGCACGGCGCCAGGCCCUACGCGUGCCGCCGCUGCGGGAAGCGCUUCGCCGUGCGCGGCGACUGGCGCACCCACGAGAAGAACUGCGGCAAGCUCUGGUUCUGCGUCUGCGGCUCCGACUUCAAGCACAAGCGCUCCCUCAAGGACCACGUCAGGUCCUUUGGGGGCGGCCACGCGCCGCACAUCGUCGAGUCGUCGUCCGUCGGAGCUGUCGAUGACGACGAAGACUACGACGACGAUGAUGGAGACCUUCUGCAGCACGACGACAACGCCAACGCCGGCGAGGGGAGCGACAUGAUCUUGGCCUAGCUACUUAGCUAGUCAUCUCCUCGAUCAUCUCUAGUAGUGUUUGUUUCUUCCUUCUCUUAGUUAGUUAAUUAGUUAUAUAGUUAGUUUGCUUCCCAAUUGCAAUGCAUUGCACGGCGAAGUACUAGCUAGUACUCUGAUUAAGUAUUACUAUUACCCUAGUGCAAGCUUAAUUGCAUGCAUCAUAUGCUCAAGUGUCUGUCUGCCCCAAGGAAGAAGCAUCAAUUUAGCUAGAGGAGAUCCAUAGAUGAGAGAUGCGUGUGUACUGUGUGUGUGUUUGUUCUGUAGGGUCAUUUCUUGUAUCUGUCCGUCGUCGUUUGGUCUUUAUCCGUGUCUAAAGUUGUAGCACUGUUUAGUACGUACUGUCUCAUGCAUGUCAAGAUCGAGUACAAAAGAGCUGGAUCAGACAAGGAGAGAGUUGUGUGCUCCUAUUUCCAUAUCCAUCAUACCAAGCUUAUUUAUUUUCUA